AUGCCCCCGUCCACCGUCUUCUCAUACUGGCGUCGAGACCAUCGCCGCUCCACCGCGCCGCCCGUAUCGUCGCCCGCGUCGUCUCCAGGUCUCAAAGGUCCCAUAGACAGCCCGCUCAGCACCCCGCCUCAGCUUCCUCAGAUCCCAGAUACUCCUAUCCUCACCACACCCUUCGAUGAACGGUCACCCUAUGAUGCCCCGCCCUGGGCCGACUUGCCACUGGAGAACGAUGCCUCGAAGCUCAACUUCAGCUCUUCUGUCGCACCGUUGUCUUCCUCUGUUAGCCUUGCCGUUCAUCACCCGUCGCUGGAGAAAGAGGAUAGCUCUCACCCGAGCCUAGGGGAACAUGGACCUGUGCUUGAGCCCGAAUCCGAGCCUGCGUGGGCGUCGCAACAGAAUACUUUACAGCCGUCAGGCGGGGUUCAACGGCCAGAGGGCGAUGGCGACUCGAAUUUCAAGCCAACCUCUCCCUUCCGGCCUUCAUUCGGUGGGAAAGGUACACGAAGUUUGCAGACACCCACCGGUGAGACCCAGAAACGUUCGCCAACUGCGGGACCGGGCACAAACCAUUUCCGAAUGAUGCCUUCACCCGAAGACCUGCCGGUAGACAAAUCCUUUGUGCCACCGAGAGAUAUCAGAUCAGAAAAUGCAAUGGUUCGUCGGACAGCGGAGCGUGAUGUUCCUGUGGAUAAUGCCCAUCACAAAUCGGGCAAGGCGAUGCUGCAUCUUCUUAAUCCGAUGUCUUUACUUGCUCGCCGGCGAUCCGCUCAAAUGAGCAACAAUCGAACAGACGAGGUGAAACAUAAGUCUUCUAACUUGGUUCCUGCCAUCCCAGACGACUACGAUCCUCGAAUUCGUGGAAGCAUUGUGCAUGACUUCUCAGCCCCACGACCUCGCCGAAACGUAUCAGGCACCCAGAGUGGUCCGCCUGAUGGGGCAAGUUAUAGCGCACAAGAUGCAUCGCCAUCGCAACCCACACUUCAGAGCCCAGCGAGUCGACUCAGUGAUCAAACGAGGAAGCAUAGUGAUCACUCUCCGGUUUUUAAGGAGCACUUCGAGGACGACCAGAAUGCGCUGCAGGUUGAGAACAAGGGCUAUCUCCAGUCAAGCCUUUUGACGAAUCAAGCUCAACUCGGGAAUGAAAAGUCUUUGCCGCCGUUUGCUAGAAACCUGCCCUAUCGGUUACCCGAUCAAAGCACCGAGAACGUUGAGCCAAGCGUUUCUCCGCCGAUCGAGCUCCCUGCAGAACACCUCGCAGAGCUAUAUGGCGAUAUCCCAGAAACCCCGCCGAAGACGAGCCCACCACCUCCCCAACAGGAUGACGAUAUUAUACCGAUCAUACCCCGGCCUUCUUCGUCCGGCUUGCCCAAACAUCUGAAGAGCAAUGCGUCACGCUUUAGCUUUGACAUGGGAGGAGUGGAGUCUUCUACCCAGGAAAAACUCCUCGAAGAAAAACAUAAAGCGAAGGAGGCCGAGCGCAAAAUGGAAGAUGGGUACUUUGAUGAUUUCGAUGAGGAUUUCGAUCAAGAUAUGAUAGACGACAUCGAUGGCUUGGAAGAAAGAAUUCCUGGUGUGAAUGCAGACGCUGAUGAAGAUUACUUUUCCGCCCCCUCAAUGGCUGAAAUCAAGUCUUGGACUGCACCAGGGUUAUCGCCUGUGGUUGCAAGCCCAAUAACUCCUGCGCCUCCUGGACUACCACCUACAUCAAUCCCACCAGAAGACCAGAAGACUCCUUCGCCUGAUUUGGAUGAAAUCGAGCAACCCAGAGAAGAUGACAUUCCACCACCACUUGAGUUGCGUCGGUCGUCGGGUAUUGGUAGGGGUCCUCCAGAUCAAAGCAAUCGAGUCAUUGAUGAAGAAGAUGAUGAUUUAUACUUUGACGAUGGUGAAUUUGGAGACCUGGACAGCGACGAUCAAGAUGGAGGGUUCGACGAGUCUAUCUUCGAUGAUGAGACCAGCCAUCUCUACGAACGAAAACCAGUUGCCCCCCCAGCCGCCCCUCCACAACAGAAACCCGAUCCUAGCGGCGAUGCUCUAGAAAGGGAGAUUCUACUCGAGGAGCACGCUAGCCAGGGUCUUAAACACAUGCCUAGUGUCGCAAGUGAAUAUCAGGCGCCUUCAAUUAAACGUGGUCCGCUUGGCGAGCCGAUACCCAACAUGGGACCAACCCGGGCUCAUGGUGGAGUUCUGACGGAACAGAAUCUGGAUCUUCUGCAUAAUGCCCUGGCGUUUGCAGCAAAUGAAGCAAGCGUCAAGAGCCAAUUUGAACGGAAGUUCAGUACCAGUGAGCGCUCUCAAGCACAAGAAAGUCUCUCGCAGGCAUCGCAUACAGGCGAAUCACAACCAGGGCUGGUAUCGGAUGACAGCCAAGUUGUUGACAUGGCAGCCUACGAGGAUCCCUAUGAUGAUCAUGCUUUCGAAGACGAUGACUCAUACUACGACGAUGCUAUUGUCGCGGCAGCCAACGCAGAGGCACUGGAGAAUGACGACGAAGGGUUCUACGGUCAGGAGUUUGGCUUCUACGCACAAGCACAUGGAGCCUCCGAGUUGACAAAUGGAGGCUACUUUGGCCCGCGAGGAGUUGAAGGCAUCUCACGCAGCUUUAGCAGCCGGGGCAAGUUCCAAGAACCCAGUCUGACCCCUAUUACGGAACGAAGUGAAUGGAGCACGCGCAACUCGAUGAUCUCGCUGAAAGCACACGGGGCUGCCCAUUCAAACCCAUCUCUGGCAAGCCCUGGAUUAGCACAGCUGGCCGAUAUGGGUAACCUGGAUGAUGAAAUGACAUUGAGUGCCCUGAUGAAGCUGCGUCGGGGGGCAUGGGGCGGAAGCAAUGGCAGUCUGCGGAGUAGCGCCAGCAGUCCGCCUCCACAUACCCUACCUUCCUCCAACCGUGCUAGUUUCGCGGAAGCUAGUCCGAUUGAUGCGCGGCCCACUGCCGAAGAAGGGAGUGGCGGAAUCAGUUCACCAUAUAAUUAUCCCCCUGACGAGAGUCAUACUUCUACCGCUUCACCGCUCAAGGGCGCGCAUCUGGGUCACCAUGGGCAUCUCGCCGAUCUCCCGUCCAGCGGAACGGACGGCUCAGGUUGCCCGAACCACGAUGGUGAAAUGCCGACGACCGGAGGACCUCAACGCUUCAAUCUUUUGUAA